CUCGGGUCAAAAGCAGCUUGUCUGUGCACUCAAAUUUGAUAGGAAAUCUGCGAGUUAGGGUUAGGGUUUUGCUCCAAUUCUUUCAAUUCAGCGGUCUCGGUUUCCCCUCUCCCCUCCAAAUUCUCCAUUGAGCUUUCCCUCCGAAGGUACUCCGAUGGCGGAUGCGUACUGGAACCGGCAGCAGCAGCAGCCACUGCAGGUUCCCCCUUCCGGCGGCAUGCUUAAGCGGCCUCGCCCUGAUUACGAAUCCUCGGCUCCUGGGAUGCCAUCAGGACCUGAGGCACAGAACUAUCCAGUGCGUGAUGAUGACCGAGGUAGGGUCCAUGUCGUUAAGGACACAAAAUCAAUAGGGUCAGCUUAUGAUCAAUAUCUCCGAUCCACGCAACUCUCUAAUCUUAACUCGGGGGAAGUUGGCACUUUUGUUGGUGGUGGUGGUGCUGGUGGCGGAGGUGGUGGUGGGUUGGCGAGAUCUGGCCCCGGGCAAAUGUCUAGCUAUCCCAUGGCCGAUCCUACAGCAAUGGUCCGUCCUGGACCUCUUGUUCCAGAUAUGGCUCCAAAUGGUCGAAAUACCGGUUUUGGUGGUCAGCAUCCAGCAGACAUCAUGCCUAUGCCAGGACGGGAAAAUGUUCUUUUACCUCCUGAUGCUUCCAGCACUUUGUUUGUUGAAGGGCUUCCCGCUGACAGCACGAGGAGGGAGGUAGCUCAUAUAUUUCGUCCGUUUGUGGGGUACAAAGAAGUGAGACUCGUAACUAAAGAAUCUAAACAUCGUAAUGGCGAUCCUCUUAUAUUUUGCUUCGUGGACUUUGUUAAUCCAGCCUGUGCAGCCACAGCAAUGAGUGCUUUGCAAGGCUACAAAAUGGACGAGCACGAUAACGAUUCUACUUAUCUGCGACUCCAGUUUGCUCGAAACCCUGGGCCCAGGUCAGGCCCUAGACCUCAUGGGAGGAGGUGAAAAGACGUGGCCCAGCGCGAGUUCAUAGCCCUGUGCUCAUCUUGGGUAGAACCUUCAAAAUAACUAAUCUUCUACUGGGUUUCACAUUUUUCUCGUUAGGGUGUUUAAUUAAUGUAUCGUGCUUUGCUGCUGUAGUUACUAUUCAGUCACUGUAAGUUCGAAGUAUGGGAUUUAGCAAUGUGCUUGGGGGGGUUGGGAUGCAGAAAAUGUGAAAUGAGAUCACCAAAGCAUUCGAUGAACUGCUAUGCAAGGUGAUUUCAUGGUUUUGCCAUUUCAGAGGAUAGGUUUUGUUGUAUAUUCACUUUUUUAUAGGAUAUUGUGAGAGAUGUUCUAUGUGUUCAUGGUUUCUAUCAUAUCCCGGCCACAUAAGCCUUGCAUCGUUAUA